AUGGUGAAGGAUGGCAUAGUUUUGGGUCAUAAGAUUUCACGAGCGGGUAUUGAGGUCGAUAGAGCUAAAAUCAGAAUAAUUUCUAAACUUCCACCGCCGAAUUCUGUGAAGCCUAUUCGUAGUUUUCUUGGCCACGCAGGAUUUUACCAUCAUUUCAUCCGUGAUUUUUCUAAGAUCGUGAGACCUAUGACCCGGUUGUUAGAGAAGGACGUUCCAUUCGAUUUUUCUGAGGAGUGCAUGAGGGCGUUUGAGUUUCUUAAGGAAAAAUUAGUGAGUUCGCCGAUUUUUAUCGCUCCCGAUUGGAGCCUUCCUUUUGAGCUUAUGUGUGAUGCAAGUGAUUUCGCGGUUGGAACUAUUCUAUGA